AUGGCUUCACACCUCAGAGAUCAUUUUAAGCCCCAGUUACUAGAAAAUGACCCUUUAUUAGACUACAUGGAGUUUAUUCCAACCCAGGUUUCUCCUGUGCAGUGGGAAGAAGGUAUCUCUAACUCGCCAAUUGCUCAGCUCAACUUUCCCCAAAAUGACAGUGUCUCCUGUGCAAAGCAGGAGCUGCAAGCACUCUGGGAGACGUUUAACUCCUGGUUGCAGCCAGAAAAGCAGAGCAAGGAGCAGAUGAUUUCUCAACUUGUCUUGAAGGAAUUUCUCAUCACUGGUAAAUUCAAGGACAAGUUUGCCUUUAAAGAGAAAUGGGAAUCAAGUGACAGAAACAUGGGGAGAUUCAUGGAGGGUCUGACUGAUGAGUACUUGAAGCCUCCUGUCAUGAUGAGUACCUUGGUUCACAUCGCCAUGCAGGGGCAGAAAGCCCUCUUUUCUGAGACCAUGUCCUUAAAAGAAGCCAUCAAGCUUCUGAAAGAGCAGCAAUCAUCAAGAAGUUCAACACAAGAGAAUGCAAGGACACCCUUUCCAGUCUCCCAAGACAUGUUAUUAAAAACAGGACAUGAAGACAAUGAAGAUGGCCAAAACAAUCCCUGGCGCACUAGGGAUGUAAAUGGUGGUAAUAGUAGUCCUGGAAAUCAGAUUGACUCCCUUAUCAUUAUCCAAAGAGAACAAUUUCCAGAGCCUGAAGAUAGAAGGGUUUCUUAUAAAAACCCUCAUAAUUACAGCAGAACAAGUCAAGUCACCUCCAGGUACCAGGAAGAAUCUCAGAAGGAAACUCCUCCUGAAGAUGGCCCUAUGGAGGUACAAUCAGAGAUCAUCUCCAGGCUAGAGCAGACUGAAGACUUCCAGAUUCAUGAUGCAAACUCCACUUUUGAGAGUCACCAAGAUAGACUCCACAGAGACCCAAAGACAUACAAAUGGUCCUUCUUAUUAGGAGCUUUGUACACUGGUACAUCUGAUACUGCAGAUUCCAAACAUUCUCUGGUCUCCAGCUCUCAUCAGUACAGAGGUUCAUGA